UAUUUAGAUGUUAAACAAAUGAAAAAACCCAGAAAACUACACGUGCCAGCCUGCUAAUGCACGCACAAAUGAUCCUAAUGCUACAAUAAAAUUUUUUUCCUAGUAUUACAGUUUUUCUCUAGAAAAAUGUGGUUAGUUUGUUUCCCGUCUGUUUUAUUUACACGUGCUUGAUAUUACUCAGAUUAAUUUAAAUUAAUAAAUUUAUAUUUUUAUUAUUCGUAUUAUUUUCAUUUAUUAUCCAAUAACUUAUGAAAAUCACCUUUCAUAUAUAUGCAUUCCCUUAAAAUACAAUCGCCUGCUCCAUUGUAAUUGGAGAUCUAACGUUGUACAGUAUGUAAUCAGGUUCAGUAAAUAAGAUUAAGGAAGUAUUGUAACCUUAUAAUUAAUUUAGCGAACACGAAAUCGAUUUCCAGUGAAAUUCCUACGCAUGUUUUAAGCCUUUAUAUAAUCUCCACUUCUCUUUCACAACACAAUAGUGAAAGAUCCAGAGUAUGAAAUCCUUUGCACUCUUACUGAUGACUGCGCUCUGUAUUACCCAGGGCAGAAAGCCAGAAGGAAAACGCUGCAGAGGAAAUGGCCGAGGUUGCGGUGGAAAUAUGAAUUUUGGAAGUCCAGAUGAUAGCUUUUUUCCCGGGGAAUUUGGUAGACCUGGAGGUGUUAAUUUUCUUCCUAUGCGACCAGGAUUUCCUUUUCCACACUCCCAAGAAAAUGGAGGAAAUGGUGGACCGCAAGGAUGGAACGGAGGUCCUUUCGGAAAUGGUAGACCUCAAGGAUGGAAUGGAGGUCCUUUCGCAAAUGGAGGAAAUGGUUGGAACGGCAAUCCUUACGGAAAUGGUAGACCUCCAGGAGGAAACGGCUGUCCUUACGGAAAUGGAGGAAAUGGUAGACCUCAAGGAGGAAACGGAGGUCCUGACGGAAAUGGAGGAAAUGGUAGACCUCCAGGAGGAAACGGCUGUCCUUACGGAAAUGAUAGACCUCAAGGAGGAAACGGCGGUCCUGACGGAAAUGGAGGAAAUGGUAGACCUCAAGAAGGAAACGGUGGUCCUUACGGAAAUGAUAGACCUCAAGGAGAGAACGGUGGUCCUGACGGAAAUGAUAGACCUCAAGGAGGAAACGGGGGUCCUGACGGAAAUGGAGGAAAUGAUAGACCUCAAGCAGGAAACGACGGUCCUGUCGAAAAUGGAGGAAAUGAUAGACCUCAAGGAGGAAACGAAGGUUUUGGUGGAAAUGGAGGAAAUGGUGGACCUCAAGGAGGAAAUGAUAGUCCUUACGGAAAUGAUAGACCUGAAGGAGGAAACGGUGGUCUUGACGGAAAUGGAGGAAAUGAUAGAUCUCAAGGAGAGAACGGAGGUCCUGACGGAAAUGGAGGAAAUGAUAGACCUCAAGGAGGAAACGGAGGUCCUGACGGAAAUGGAGGAAAUGGUAGACCUCAAGAAGGAAACGGUGGUCCUUACGGAAAUGAUAGACCUCAAGGAGAGAACGGUGGUCCUGACGGAAAUGAUAGACCUCAAGGAGGAAACGGGGGUCCUGACGGAAAUGGAGGAAAUGAUAGACCUCAAGCAGGAAACGACGGUCCUGUCGAAAAUGGAGGAAAUGAUAGACCUCAAGGAGGAAACGAAGGUUUUGGUGGAAAUGGAGGAAAUGGUGGACCUCAAGGAGGAAAUGAUAGUCCUUACGGAAAUGAUAGACCUGAAGGAGGAAACGGUGGUCUUGACGGAAAUGGAGGAAAUGAUAGAUCUCAAGGAGAGAACGGAGGUCCUGACGGAAAUGGAGGAAAUGAUAGACCUCAAGGAGAGAACGGAGGUCCUGACGGAAAUGGAGGAAAUGGUAGACCUCAAGGAGGAAACGGAGGUCCUUACGGAAAUGAUAGACCUCAAGGAGAGAACGGUGGUCCUGACGGAAAUGGAGGAAAUGAUAGACCUCAAGGAGGAAACGGUGGUCCUUAUGAAAAUGGUGGAGGGAAUAAUAAACAAUAUUUUAUUAUAAUACAUACUCGUAAUACUAAUGUUGAUGAGAAGGCCAGAAGGCCUAACGUUAAAGGCCAGACAGAAGGCAUCUCUAUACCUCUAAGGAAUUUUCACACAAAUUAA